AUGCCAGCAUUUUACCGCCGAAAGCGUUCAAGCUCGUACACAGCACCUGAAGCCUCUAUUCCGGAUGUCAACUUGGCCAGUUUCCACCGCAACCUCCCAGGAUACAGCCCUACUGUGCUACACUCUCUUGAUGCAGCACAACUCGGGUGCGAUAAAGUCUUGUUAAAGAAUGAAGCAGAGCGUUUCGGGCUUCCCGCAUUCAAGAUCUUAGGAGCAUCCUGGGCGGCAUGCAAGGCUGUGGCGCGUGAAGUCCAGCUCCCAUAUGAUCCGGACAUGUCCAUUGAGCUUCUCGCUUCUCGUGCGCGCGAUGCACACAUUACCUUCUUCGCUGCAACCGAUGGGAACCAUGGCAGAGCACUUGCACGUAUGGCUAAGCUACUCGGCGUCGGUUGUGAGAUCUAUGUACCGGCAGCACUAGACAGCACGAUCUGUGACUUCAUCGCCGGGGAGGGCGCGCGUGUUGUCAAGACAGACGGAGACUACGAUGCGGCGGUGAAGACAGCGAGCUUAGCGGCAAACGCGCUGACUGGAGGAAUUCUCAUACAGGAUACGGCUUUCGCAGGAUACGAAGACGUGCCCAAGUGGAUUGUCGAUGGGUACUCGACGGUGCUGGCUGAGGUGGAUGAACAGGUCGCCUCCUUGACAAGAGGUAAAUUUGCGGACGUGGUAAUCGUACCGGUCGGCGUUGGCUCGCUCGCGCAGGCCGUCGUUGCGCACUAUAAGCAUCAGGGUCGCGCAACCACUGUAAUCACGGUUGAGCCAGAUACCGCUGCCUGUCUGCGGAAGAGCUUGUCGACAUGCACCUCUCCGUCAUCUACGCCUCCUAGCGUGUUUACGAGCCCGACGAUCAUGGCAGGCCUGAACUGCGGAACCGUGUCGUCCAUAGCGUGGCCGCUGCUCAGCGAGGGGGUUGACAUCGCGAUAUCAAUCCCAGACAUAGAGGCUCACCGAGCAGUACAAGACCUCCAUGCAGUAGGCAUAGGUGUUGGGCCAUGUGGUGCCGCUCCACUUGCGGCGCUACGUCAACUCGCGAGUCAGAAAGACCUCAUUAAACCCGAGUCCGUGGUCGUGCUGCUCGCUACCGAAGGACCUCGCCAGUACACGGCACCCUUUGAUAGCACGACAUCAGACCCUGUAGAGCUGACACAGAUACUCACCCGGAUCGACUCUUCGAACCCCGACCUUAGUGGUGGAGCAGGCGAAACUGAAAUUGUAGACUAUCUCCUUGCAUGGCUCGCGCAUCACGACUUCGAUGCAUAUCGCCUGGAGGCGCACCUUGGUCGCCCUAGUGUCGUCGGUGUUGCACGCGGAAGCGGUGGCGGGAAGUCACUUAUGUUCAACGGGCACAUCGACACCGUCACCCUCGCAGGCUAUGACGGGGAUCCGCUCAGUGGCUCGCUUGUCGAUGACGCAGUGCACGGGCGGGGAACAUUUGAUAUGAAAGCAGGCAUCGCCGCGUCCCUUGUCGCUGCACACCGCGCCCGCGCGUCGAGACCGAGAGGUGACAUCAUCCUUACCCUCGUAGCAGACGAAGAGAAUUUGAGCCUCGGCACUCAAGAAGUACUUGCUGCGGGCUGGCGUGCAGACGCCGCCGUCGUAAGCGAGCCUACCAAUUUGGAGCUGAUGCUGUCGCACAAGGGCUUCGUAUGGUUUGAAGUGGAUAUUAUCGGGAAGGCAGGCCACGGCUCGCGGCCUGAUCUUUGUGUCGAUGCGAUCGUAAAGGCUGGGCAUUUUCUUGUCGCAUUAGAGGCGUAUGGCGACACGUUGCUCAAAGGAGCACAUGCGGAGCAUCCUGUGCUGGGCACGGGUACGGUGCAUGCAGGCUUGAUUCGCGGAGGGGAAGAGGCAUCCUCGUAUCCGGCUUUGUGUACGGUAUCAGUCGAGCGACGCACUGUUCCUGGAGAGACCCCGACGUUAGUCGAAACCCAGCUGCGUGCAGUACUCGACGAAGUCUCUCACCGUGUGCCGGAUUUCCGCUACUUGCUGCGUGUUGGAGAUGCCCGACCACCGUAUGAAGUGGACCGGGAGAAUCCAUUCGUGAAGAUGUUCUCACAGCAUGCGGAAAGCGUCUUGGAACAUGCGCCGACGGUCGCUGGCGCUACCUACUGGGCAGAUAGCGCGUUGCUGGCGGAGAAGGGCAUGCCGGUCGUGCUGUUCGGUGCACAGGGGGAAGGCGCACAUGCAGCGAGAGAGUUUGCGACUGUGGACAGUAUUCGGAAGGUGACCGAGACAUUCACGAGAGUCGCUAUUGAAUUUUGUGGAUGA